AAAUAACAAAAAAAAAAAAAAGAGAGAGAGAGAAAAGAGGCCCUGGUUACUGCAGCUGCAGAUUACCAUCCGAAGAAAUUCCAGAACGGGAGCUGGUCUGGUUGCUACCUGCCUUACUCUGACGUCGAAGCGGCAUCCAGCUUUUAGCAGCCCAGUGAAACCCGUUUGCUGUAAACACCAGGCUCCGUGUUCCACGCCCUGGGCUUAAGCCGACUUAGCUUAUCAGCCACGCCGCCAUAAAGAGAGAGAGAGAGAGAGAGAGAAAAAAAUUCUGGUCCUUCCGACAAACUUUUGCGAUUCGAUCUCGAUUUGUUUCAAGGUCUCUUUGUAGACCACGGAACCGAUUUUCGCCAUGGCCGCCCUCGGAGACGAUUUGUUGUCCACAGUAAACAAACUGCAGGACUUGGUCUUCAACACAAUCGGCAACGACUCUCUCGAUCUACCACAGAUUGUUGUCGUUGGAUCCCAGUCAGCCGGAAAGUCUUCGGUCCUCGAGAACAUUGUCGGAAGGGAUUUUCUGCCCCGUGGCAGUGGGAUUGUUACAAGGCGACCUCUGAUUCUCCAGCUCAUCAACGUUCCGGAGGAAGACGGCGCCGCAGUCGAUGUUGGCUACAGAUCUCCAGACGCCGCUAGGCCUGGCGAAUGGGCAGAGUUCCACCACAUACCCAACCGUAGAUUCACAGACUUUGGCGACGUCAAGCGCGAGAUCGAGAACGAGACGGCAAGAAUAGCAGGCACGAACAAGGGUAUCAACCGACAGCCUAUCAACCUCAAAGUCUACUCACCACAUGUUCUCAACCUGACCCUUGUGGAUUUGCCCGGAUUAACAAAGGUCCCCAUCGGAGACCAGCCCGGUGACAUAGAAAAGCAAACACGCACGCUCAUCUCCGAGUACAUUGCCAAACCCAAUAGUAUUAUCCUGGCUGUUUCUCCCGCAAAUGUCGAUAUUGUCAACUCCGAGGCCUUGAAACUGGCCCGUCAUGUUGACGGACUGGGAAGGAGGACUAUCGGUGUUCUUACCAAAGUCGAUCUUAUGGACCAUGGCACCAAUGCUCUCGACAUUCUGUCUGGCCGCGUCUAUCCGCUCAAGCUUGGCUGGGUCGGUGUUGUCAACCGAUCGCAGCAGGACAUCCAGGGCAACAAGCCCAUGGAAGAUGCGCUUAAGGCUGAGUCCGACUUUUUCAAGCACCACCCCGCUUACAGGAACAUAUCGACCCGGUGCGGUACCUACUUCCUCGCCAAAACACUCAACCAGACGCUCAUGUCACACAUCCGAGACCGUUUGCCAGACAUCAAGGCGAGACUCAACACCCUGAUGGGACAGACACAACAGGAGCUGGCUAGCUAUGGCGACAUGCACUUCCACGGAAAGGAACACCGUGGUUCGCUGAUUCUCCAGUUGAUGACCCGUUUUGCCACGUCCUUUAUUUCCUCCAUCGACGGUACCUCGACCGAGAUCUCCACCAAGGAGCUUUGUGGAGGAGCCAGGAUCUACUAUAUCUUCAACUCUGUUUUCGGAAGCUCACUCGAGUCGAUAGACCCCACAUCCAACCUAACAGCCCUGGACAUUCGCACUGCCAUACGAAACUCAACUGGUCCUCGCCCGAGUCUUUUUGUUCCAGAGUUGGCCUUUGAUCUCCUUGUAAAGCCUCAGAUCAAGCUUCUCGAAUUGCCAAGUCAGCGCUGUGUUGAGCUGGUCUACGAGGAGCUCAUCAAGAUCUGCCACACCUGUGGCUCUACGGAGCUCUCGCGGUUCCCCAGGCUGCAGGCUAAGCUGAUCGAGGUCGUCUCGGACCUGCUGAGGGAACGGUUGGGGCCAGCGUCGACGUAUGUGGAAUCACUCAUAUCCAUCCAAAGGGCAUACAUAAACACGAACCACCCCAACUUCCUUGGUGCCACGGCUGCCAUGAGCAAUGUUGUCAGCGAGAAGCAAGAGCGGGAACGGAAGAAGAUCAUUUUGGAGGAGCGCGAGAGGCGAGAAAAGCGGCGACUCAAGGAGCUCGGAAACGGUGACAACGCUGAAGACCAAGACGAUACGGCAAGUGUAGCUGGUGGCGACAGUGCGGGAGGCACAGCGCUCCGUAAGCAGGUUGCCAAGGCGGGUAGGAGUCUGUCACCAGGCCUCCGGGAGAACGGUGCGAGCGGGAUUGCGUCCACCUUGAAUGGGAUGGGUCGUUCGGCAUCGCCCGCGCGAUUCAACGGCCAGGGCUUAGGCAACGCCAAGGAUUCGUUUUUGACGUACUUUUUUGGCAAGGACGGACCCGGAGGCCUGCCAACAAGUCAGCCAUCGGCACCUAGGCAUAUUGCGCAAAACUCGCACUCUGCCCUCGCCCCAAGCUCACGCAGGAACGAGGACAGGAUGUUGAGGUCCCCCAUUCAAACCUACCGUGAUACGGAGCAGGAAAUGGGACUGGAACCUGGCGGUGGUGAUUCGUUUGCACAGCCAUUUGGUCACAGUGGAGAGCCGGCGUUGACUGACAGGGAAGCCAUGGAGACGGAGCUCAUCCGUGCACUCAUCUCGUCUUACUUCAACAUUGUCCGCGAAUCAAUUGCGGACACGGUCCCCAAGGCCAUCAUGCAUCUGCUGGUAAACCAUUGCAAGGAUGUAGUGCAGAACCGGUUGGUUAGUGAGCUGUACAAGGAGGCCUUGUUCGAGGAGCUCCUUUACGAGGAUGAUGGUGUUGUCAAGGAGCGCGAAAAGUGCGAGAAGCUGCUUCAAACGUACCGCGAGGCAGCCAAAAUCAUCUCAGAGGUGGUAUGAUGAAGCUGUUUGCGCCAUGUUGGACUAAAUGUAAAUACAGAGAGAAAAAGACGUGGUAUAUGGAAGGCGGGAAGAGUGCCAGGGAAAACAGAUACAGGUUGCCCAGAUAACCUGUCUUGGUACCUAAAAUACCUGCCUACCUGGCACAUGUAAGCUUUUCAGAGGACUUUUGAGUUUGCUGAUUUGGGGGAUAGGGACGCCGCCAAGGUUGUCGUCCCCAUUUCAGCUGCAGCCACCCCGUGUGUUUUUUUUCUCUGCUUGGGGGUGGCAUGGCAUGUUUUUACCAUAUACACAACUCCUUUUUCCCUCCCAUUACGGAGCGAUGUAAUUCAAGCUUAUGCCAUUCUUAUAUUAUUCGCACACAUACUUAAUAUUGGGCUUUCACCGUCGA